CCCCGUACCAAAGGAGUAGAAACAACAAGCCGCCAUUUUGUUUGUGCGGAGAGACCGAAAGAGACAGGAGACCGAGAAAACGCUUCUGUAGCGCCGUUCCUAGCGACUUGGAUAGCCGCCGGGAGGAAAGUGGUGCUAUCGUCUCGGUGGAAAUAAGACAUAACGAAAUCCUUAAUAGAUUAAAAACGAAACAGAGAGAGGGAGAAACGGGUUAAACGCUCUCUUGAAAAUCCAAGGAAGGGGGUGUUUUUACGGAGCGGAGAGGAGAGGCGGAAGAAGGCAAUACAUUUAAACGAAGGAAAGCCUGCGAGGGAGAGGAAAAUAUAACGUUUAAUUUUUACUACAUCUCCAUCUCUGGUCACGGGGAGGAAAAUCCUUCAGAAGAUAAAACGAUGUCUUUAACUAGCUGCUGGAAGGACUGAGAGUAAAGGAUAUAACAGAAGAAUUGGAAGGUAGAGAAAAUAAAAGGAUAAACGCGAAGGGGGGGAUACAGCAUCACAAAAGACUCAAUGAAAGGUUUUUGAGGAACCAAAAUUAUUUUGUGGGGCUGACGCUUUCUACAUCUUUUGGAUGUGAACUGAUUCCCCACUUUUAUUGUAACGUUACAAAAUAUUGGGGCGACCCCCCUCGUUAUAUCCGAUUUUCGUGCGUCGCCGUAUUCUCUUUUCUUGGUUAGGGAUUUUUUUUCUUAACUUGCAUCGCGAGCCAUCGCGGUAUGCGCAGUGACAGAUAAAUUAUUUUUUGCAACAUUUGUCAACCGGUGAAAAUAGCUUACAACAAUUCGUUAGGUUCUUUAAAACAGGCUACUUAAUGUAUGGUCGCAAGACGGCGAGCUUUAUACUUCGCAAAAACGCUCGCUGGUAAUGAAACUAGCUUAACGACUAAUUGGAUCAAACUGAUAUUAAUUAGCUCGGUGUGCAAUUUUGGUAAACGUGGCAUUUUUAUAAAAUUAACAUAGUGGUGAUAAUUGGGAAUGCACAUUGCUGCAACUACACAAUCAAUGCGGUUGCUUGAAGCAAUUAUCAGAGAUUUUUGAUCAUAUUUCGAACCCAAUUUCUGGCAUUCUGCUUAUGCAGAGGGCGCCCGAUCCAACUUAGGUGGACGCAUAAACAAAUGUUCGACAUAUCAAUAGCUUGCAUUCUAGAUAUCUAAAUAGAAAUUGCAAUCUUUUGUGAAACAAGUAUUAAUGCAGUAUGCAAUUUCUUCAUUGCAAUGAAGUGUUAACCACCGAUAUCAGGGCGGCUCUGGACAGUUUAUACAUACUUCAGAAGUGAUCGGCCAGCCUACUCAUAAGCGCCAUGGUAUUAUAUUUCAGUAGUAAUGCACGUGUAUGCUAUUUAUCGCACGAAACGAUACUGUAAACUGAGGUUGAUCCGACUAUUAUUCACUAGAUUAAUAACGACAUACAGUAAAACAGAUUAUGCAUUGUGAAUCGUGUCAUUUUUGUAGUAGGUCGUGGGAGUGCUUAGUGACUUAAAGUUUGAACACUAGGUUGCAGACUAACGUUAGGUCUUAGGCUAUUUUACGAACGGUUGACAUUUUCUUUUUUAGUCUCUACUUCAGAGUCAGUUACACAAUUACAAAAGGCGUGAUUCGUGAUUGCAAAUGAAAUUCACACUGCUGAAAAUCAGUCGACAAUAAAUAUUUGGUGGUAGUGAUUUUGGGAGUUUUUCCACUUUUCACUGGAUAUCUAGACACAGAAAUGCGAAUGGUGAUGCUGGGAACGAACUGCAUUGACUGCAAUGGGAACUCUGUGCAAAAAAUGGAUUUACCUUCUGACGGGAUUUUCAUUACCAUUGCAUGAGGCGAGCCCCUAACCGUAGAUAUCGGGGUGCAUUUGGGUUGCAUUCUUUAUCGUGUUUCCCAUCUAGCCUCACGCGCUACGACGCCCUAGCUCAACGCAGAACUGAACUCUUGAUUUCACCGCCGACUAUGGCGGAAAAGAGUGAUACAGCUAUGGAGGAUAAGUCUUGGGACAAUCUCCCAGUCGCCGAAGAGGCUACGUGAGUUUCUUUGGAGUCUGGACUCAUCUGUCUUUUACCGACGCCACAUUCCCUUGUCCUACUCUAUUCGGAACAAUCUAGCCUUGCUAUAACGUUAGAUUUUCUUUAUUAAUCCGAGAGGGGAAGGGGAUUGAUACACUGGGUCUUGUUUAAAAGCGAAUCAAGAACGAGAUUGUAGCAACAAGGCUAUCCUCCAUCUACUCGCAACGGAGGGGAACAGAUUAAAAACGUUUGGAGAAGGGAUUGCCCAAGACACCCAGAAGGACUCGAACAAGGGAAAACGUCUGUCCUUUGUGGAUACAUAUUUUUUUGUUAUUCGUGAAAAAAAAUAUGGCCGAUAAUGUUCUGGACUCCGGCCCGCCUUCAGCCAAGAGGCCUAAACUAUCCUCUCCGGCUCUCUCUGUCUCCGCCAGCGAUGGAAAUGAUUUUGGUUCCCUCUUCGACUUGGAGCACGACCUCCCCGAUGAGCUCAUCAACUCCACGGAUCUGGGCUUGCCCAACGGCGGAGACCUCAGCCAGCUCCACACCAGCUUGGGCGGAGGAGGAGGAGGAGGCGGCGUCGGCGGCGGGGCCGCGGGCGCUGGCCAGGAUGCUGCUGCCAAACACAAGCAGCUCUCGGAGCUCCUGCGCUCCGGGGCAUCUCUCCCAACCACCUCGGCGGCCGGCAGCCCGGGGAACGCUGCCUCCAUGGGACUCCUGGGAGGGCUGAACGCUGCCACCUCGGGGCCACAGUCCCUGGGCCAGCCGCAGCAACACUCCUCGCCCCAGCAGACAGGCAUGAUGCAGCAGGCUGGCAUGGUAGGUGGCCUGAACAGGGGCAUGAUGGCAACCCAGAAGGGCAACGGCCAGCAGCUGCAGGGCCCAGCUGCCCCCGGCAUGAUGGGCGGGCAAGUGAUGAAUGGCUCGCCCAGGAUGGGCUACCCGAACCAGGGCAUGGGGAGCAACAGCAACCUACUCGCAGACACGCUACAACAGCAGCAGCAGGGCGGUCCACAGAUGGGUCAUGCUGGCAUGAGGCCACAGCAACCCGGAGCGAUGAACAAGAUGGGGAUGAUGCAGAAUGCUGGGCCCUAUGGCGGACCCUAUGGCCAGACUGCAGGUCAGGUGAUGGGCGGGCAGCUUCAGAACAAAGCAACGAUGCCCAACAGCCUCGCCCAGUUUAACAUGGACAAGAAGCCCCAGCCCGUCCAGGGCAUGACUGCCAUGGCCUCCCAGCAGCCCUCGGUGGUUGGCUCGGGAGCAGUGGGUGGCGCAGCGGGCCCCGCCGGUGCCCAGACGAGCCUGAGUGCCAUGGCCUCAGCCCCGGGCAGCGCGGCGCCCCCCACGGCCGACCCGGAGAAGCGCAAGCUCAUCCAGCAGCAGCUGGUGCUGCUGCUGCACGCGCACAAGUGCCAGCGGCGCGAGCAGGCCAACGGCGAGAUGCGCCCGUGCAACCUGCCCCACUGCCGCACCAUGAAGAACGUCCUCAACCACAUGACCCACUGCCAAGCUGGCAAGUCCUGCCAGGUGGCGCACUGUGCCUCUUCGCGACAGAUCAUCUCUCACUGGAAGAACUGCACGCGGCAUGACUGCCCUGUCUGUCUGCCGCUGAAGAACGCUGGAGACAAGCGCAACCAGCAGUCGCUCCUUGGCCAGGCUGGGGUGGGUCUGGGUAGCUCGUUAGGGGCUGUGCCAGGCGGUCAGCCCAGCACGCCCAACCUCAACCCGCCCAGCCAGAUCGACCCCAGUUCCAUAGAGCGGGCCUACGCCGCUCUCGGUCUCACCUACCAAGGCAACCAGAUGACCGCCACACCUCAGUCGUCAUCUCUACCCGCCCAGGGCCUCCCGGGCCAGGCUGGCGUCAGGCCCAUGAACCCAAUGGCUGGAGGAAACCCCAUGGGUGUGAACGGUGGUGUGGGGGUUCCGUCCCCCAGCCAGCAGACUAACCUUCUCCAGGACUCCAUGCUGCACCGAAACAUGAACGCGCAAAGCUUAAUGAACGACAGCGCUGCCGUGGGUAACCUGGGCUCCAUGCCCACAGCCACGCCGCCCUCGGUUGCGGGCAUGAGGAAGAGCUGGCAUGAGGAUAUCACCCAGGACCUACGCAACCACCUUGUGCACAAACUAGUGCAGGCCAUCUUCCCCACACCAGACCCCGCUGCACUGAAGGACAGACGAAUGGAGAACCUGGUGGCGUACGCGCGGAAGGUGGAAGGGGACAUGUACGAGUCGGCCAACAGCAGGGCGGAAUACUACCACCUCCUAGCUGAGAAGAUUUACAAGAUCCAGAAGGAGCUGGAGGAGAAGAGACGGACUCGGCUACAGAAGCAGGGCAUGAUGCCUUCUCAGCCGGGCAUGCCCCCCUCCAACCUGCCCCCCGUCAUGGGCCAGCUGCCUCUGCCCCCCGGGCAGCCGCCCAACGGACCCCAUGCAGACCCCUCCCUUGUCCAGCCAGCGGGACCCAAUCAGAUGGUCAGCCGUAUGCAGAACCCUGCAGCCAUGAAUCAGUUCAACCAGAUGGCGAUGCAGGGGGGCGGGCCAAGGUCGACGCCCCCACUACCCAUGGGAGGUCCGCUCAAUCAGAUGGGUCGGGGAAGCCCAAGGAUGGGCCAGCCCAACGUGGCCCAGAUGCAGAAUCAGUACCUGCCAUCUGGGCAGUUUCCAGGCUCCAAUGGCGGCCUCAACGCUGGCCCAGUAGGUAUGGGCCAGUCGGGGCCACAGCCUGGCAUGACUCAGCAGGCUCAGAUGCCCACUCCGACCUCCCUCCCCGUGGGCAGCCCAGUCGGGCAGUCCAGCUCGGUGUCCGGAGCGGGCCCAGGCCCCGGGGCACCUGUGGGCUCCAUGCUGCCCGGUAGCGUGCCCGGAGGUGGUCCUUCUAGCAUGGCACCGUCCUCGCAGACCAACUCGCAUGGGCACUGCCCGCCCAUGCGCCAGAGCUCGCCCUCUCCGCGCAGCCUCACGCCGACCCCUCGCCCCGCUACUCCCGCCCACCCUGGCUCGCAGACACCGCAGCCUCAUACGCCAAACCCGCCCUCUGUCCCACCGUCAGCGCAACAACAGCAGCAACAACAACAACAACAGCAGCAGCAGCAGCAGCAGCAGCAGCAGCAGCCGCCAAUGGCUCAGCCAAUGGCGCCAGGGAUGGGAGCGGAGAAAAACAAUCAGCAACAGCAGCAGACACUUGGGGGCGGUGCCAAUGGAGGCCACCAGCCGGGGAUGGUGCCGUCUCUGCCUGCGCAGAACUCUCACAUGCCCAACCAGCACCCGCGAACACCGCUCUCUCAGAAGUCCUCUCUGACGGCCGACGGGCAGGUCUCCACGCCAGCCUCCGUCAGCAGCGUGGACCACAGCUCCCAAAUGCCCCCCUCCGACGCCCCCGCGCCGCUCGAGCCCAAGAUGGAGGUGAAGCAGCAGCCAUCGGCCGAGGAGGAAGAAGAGGCUGAGUCGGAGGGGAAGCCCUUGGGGAAGAUGGGCAUGAAGCACGAGGUCAAGUCUGAGGAGAAGCCGGAGGUGAGAGCCAACACAAAACCAGGCUUCUUCAGUGCAACGGUGAAAAAGGAGGAGCCCUCUGACGGCUGUAAGGCAGAGCCUAUGGAGACGUCCAUCGCUUCCGGCGAAGACCGGAAGCCAGAGGUGAAGAGCGAACCCAAAGAGGAAGAGGAUGGCCCGGGCGCCGCCGGUGCCAACAGCUCCCCCGCUGCUGCCCAGAGCAAAAAGAAAAUCUUCAAGCCGGAGGAGCUUCGGCAGGCACUCAUGCCCACCCUGGAGGCGUUGUACCGGCAGGAUCCCGAGUCUCUGCCCUUCCGUCAGCCUGUAGACCCCCAGUUACUGGGAAUACCCGUACGUAUUCGAACUAGUAACAAAACUAACCUGGACUACUUCGACAUAGUCAAGAACCCCAUGGACCUGUCCACCAUCAAGCGCAAGUUAGACACGGGGCAGUACCAGGAACCCUGGCAGUACGUGGACGACAUCUGGCUAAUGUUCAACAACGCCUGGCUCUACAACCGCAAGACCUCGCGCGUCUACAAGUACUGCUCCAAGCUGGCAGAGGUCUUCGAGCAGGAGAUCGACCCAGUGAUGCAGAGCCUGGGCUAUUGCUGUGGGAGGAAGCUGGAGUUUUCCCCACAAACCCUCUGCUGCUACGGGAAGCAGCUGUGCACCAUCCCACGAGAUGCUGCCUACUUCAGCUACCAGAACAGUUCACCAAAAUAUGGGCUUCUUGCUGACAGGUACCACUUCUGUGAGAAGUGUUUCAACGAAAUCCAGGGCGAGAGCGUUUCCCUAGGAGACGACCCCUCCCAGCCUCAGACGUCCAUCAACAAAGAGCAGUUUCAGAGGAAGAAGAAUGACACGUUGGACCCUGAAUUACUUGUUGAAUGUACUGACUGUGGUCGUAAAAUGCACCAGAUCUGCAUUUUGCACAAUGACACAAUUUGGCCAGCAGGCUUUGUGUGUGACAGCUGUCUCAAGAAAUGUAAUAAGACGAGAAAGGAGAACAAGUAUGCAGCCAGAAGGCUGCCUCAGACUAAGUUGGGCUGCUUCCUUGAGGGACGGGUGAAUGACUACCUGAGGCGGCACAACCACCGGGAUAUGGCGCCGACAGCCGGUGAAGUCACCAUCCGUGUUGUCCAUGUAUCGGACAAGGUGGUGGAGGUGAAGCCCGGCAUGAAGGCCAGGUUUGUGGACAGCGGUGAGAUGUCGGAGUCCUUCCCCUACAGGACCAAAGCUCUCUUUGCCUUUGAGGACAUUGACGGUGUGGACGUGUGCUUCUUUGGCAUGCACGUGCAGGAGUACGGUUCAGACUGCCCUCCCCCCAACCAGAGGCGGGUGUAUAUCUCCUACCUGGACAGUGUGCACUUUUUUCAGCCUCGUCACCUGAGAACAGGUGUCUACCAUGAAAUCCUCAUUGGGUACCUGGAGUAUGUCAGGAGGCUUGGGUUCACCACGGGGCACAUUUGGGCGUGCCCGCCCAGUGAGGGCGACGACUACAUCUUCCAUUGUCACCCUAUGGACCAGAAGAUCCCCAAGCCCAAACGCCUGCAGGAGUGGUACAAGAAGAUGCUGGACAAGGCUGUUGCUGAGCGUAUCGUUCAUGACUACAAGGACAUCUUCAAACAGGCCACUGAGGACCGUCUGACCAGUGCCAAGGAGCUCCCCUACUUUGAGGGGGAUUUCUGGCCCAAUGUGCUGGAGGAGAGCAUUAAGGAGCUGGAGCAGGAGGAGGAGGAGAGGAAAAGGGAGGAGAACAGCACCUCCAGUGAGAGCAUUGAUGCAACCAAAGGGGACAGCAAGAAUGCCAAGAAGAAGAACAGCAAGAAGACAAGCAAGAAUAAGAGUAGCCUGAGCAGGGCCAACAAGAAGAAGCCGGGCAUGCCUAAUGUGUCUAAUGACCUUUCACAGAAGCUGUAUGCAACUAUGGAGAAGCACAAAGAGGUGUUCUUUGUGAUCCGGCUGAUCGCUGGCCCCACCGCCAACUCCCUCCCGCCCAUAUCGGACCCAGACCCGCUGAUGGCGUGCGAUCUGAUGGAUGGGCGUGACGCUUUCCUGACGCUGGCACGCGACAAGCACCUGGAGUUCUCCUCGAUGCGGCGCUCCAAGUGGAGCUCCAUGUGCAUGCUGGUGGAGCUGCACAACCAGAGCCAGGACCGCUUCGUCUACACCUGCAACGAGUGCAAGCACCACGUGGAGACGCGCUUCCACUGCACCGUCUGCGAGGACUACGACCUCUGCGGGAAAUGCUACAACAUCAAGGGCCACGAGCACAAGAUGGAGAAGCUCGGGCUUGGUCUGGACGACGAGAGCAACAACGCAGCAGCCGCCUCCACCCAGAACCCCAGCGACUCCCGCCGCCUGAGUAUCCAGCGCUGCAUCCAGUCGCUGGUGCACGCCUGCCAGUGCCGCAACGCCAACUGCUCGCUGCCCUCGUGCCAGAAGAUGAAGCGAGUGGUGCAGCACACCAAGGGCUGCAAGCGCAAGACCAACGGCGGCUGUCCCAUCUGCAAGCAGCUCAUUGCACUCUGCUGCUACCAUGCCAAGCACUGCCAGGAGGCCAAGUGCCCCGUGCCCUUCUGCCUGAACAUCAAACACAAGCUGCGGCAGCAGCAGCUGCAGCACCGGCUCCAGCAGGCGCAGAUGCUGCGGCGGCGCAUGGCCACCAUGCAGAGGGCCGGGCAGCCUUGCCCUGGCGGCCCGCCUGGGGGACUCCCUUCUCCUGGAAACAACGGCACCACGGGGCCCAGCACGCCCACGUCCGUCGGUACUCAGCCGCCCACUCCACAGACCCCCACGCAGACCGGCAUGCCCGCUCUGCCCCAGCCUGGCGUGGGCGGCAUGUCCGGGGGGCCACCUGGUGGGCAGCAACAGCAGCCAAUGCCCCAGCAAGGUGGGAUGCCCCAGCACCCUAUGCACCAUCAGUUCCAGCAGAUGCCCGGCGGAGGCGGCGGCAUGAUGAACUCACCGCAGCAACAGAUGGCCAUGCAGCAACAACAACAACAACAGCAGCAGCAGCAGCAGCAACAACAACAGCAGCAGCAACAACAACAACAACAACAGCAGCAGCAGGCGGCACAGCAGGCUCAGCAGCAGAUGCAGCACCCCAACAGUAUGGCUCCUUACGGGCCGAGAGCUCCCGGCUCGUCCCCUCGCGCCCAGACCCAGGGUAAACCGGGGCUAGGCCCGGCGACACCACCACAGCCGCCGCAGCAGCAGACGCCCCCGCAUCUGCCUAACCCUGGCCAGCCACCCAUGUCCCAACAGCCACCACAGCAACAGCAGCCUCCCUCGGGGCCUCCUCCGGCCGCCGUGGAGAUCGCAAUGAAGAUCCAGCAGGUGGCCGACGCCCAGAGGAAGAUGGCCCAGGCUCAGAUCCUGAGACAGGCCACCCAGGGCGGCAUGAUGCCCCCACAUCCCCACCACCCCCAACAGGCCCCAGGCCAGAUGGGGAUGCCCCACCCUGGGGUGGGGAUGGUGGCGGCUCAGGGCUUGCCCCCCCAGGCUGCUGCAGCUAGGGCUCAUCUGGAGCAGCAGCAGCAACCGCAACAGCAGGUACCGCCUGGCAUGAUGGUGGGCCCCAUGCAGCAGCAGGGCCAGCCCAUGCAGCCCAACUCCCAGGGCCAGCUACCGCCACAGGUACCCCUCCAGCCCAGGGUGGGUCCUCAGCUGCAGCCUCCCCAGCAGCAGUGGGCCGGUCAGGGCAUGCCACCCCAGCAGAGGCCAGUCAUGAUGGGCCAGAUGGCACAGCCGGGAAUGGCCGCUCAGCAGCAACAACAGAUGCAGCAGCAGCAGCAACAACAACCGCAGCAGCAGAUUCCCGGGCGCAACCCUCUGAUGCAGGGGGGCGCAAGCGGCAGUGCAGGUCCUGGGAAUUUCCCCCAGGGGGCGCUGCAGGACCUGCUCCGGACCCUGCGCUCCCCAAGCUCCCCUCUCCAGCAGCAGCAGGUGCUCAACAUCCUCCGCUCCAACCCCCAGCUCAUGGCUGCCUUCAUCAAGCAGAGAGUCUACAAAUACAAAGGUGGUGCAGCCGGUGGGGCGCCCCCUGGUGGACAACCAGGAGCGGGACCCCAGGGGCUACCUGGAGCCAUGGGCGUCCAACCGGGCGCUGUUGGCGCAGGCGCUCCCCAAGGUGGGAUACACUUAGGUCAGGGUGUUGGCAUGCAGUCGAUAGCCCAACUGCAGCAGCAGCAGUUGCAACAACAACAACAGCAGCAGCAGCAGCAGCAGCAGCAGCAACAACAGCGACCCAUGUUACCACAGCAAGUGGCAGCCCUGCAGCAGCAACAACAACAACAGCAGCAGCAGCAGCAGCAGCAACAACAACAAGGGGGCAUCCCAGGGCAGGGACCCUCCAUGGUCAGCAUGGCCAACAACCCCCAGUUCCGAGAGCUCCUACUGAGGAGGCACCUGCAGCAACAACAACAGCAGCAGAUGGCAAACCACGCUCAGUUCCAGCAGCCCCAGCCCCCCCAGCAGCAGCCUCCGCAGGGCUACAUGGGCCAGCCUGGGAGCAUGCAAGUGCCCCCUGGUGGCCAACAGCUCCCUCCUGGGGCUCAACAGCAGCAGCAGCAGCAGGCGGCCACCGCAGCCCUGCAGCAGAGGCUCCAGAUGCAGCAGCAGCAGCAGAACGCCAUGCUGCAGGGGGCUGACGGAGGUCCAGGCGGAGGAGGAGUGGGAGGCCCGCAGCAGCCUCCCCAGCAGCCGGGCGGCCAGGCCGGCCCGCAGACCCAAGCCCUCCUCCAGCAGGCCCUGCAGCACCGGCUCCUGCAGCAGCAGCAGCACCUGGCUGGGGGGUCACCCGCCCAGCACAGCAAUCCCAUGAGCCCACAACAGCAGCAGCAGCAGCAACAACAGCAGCAGCAGAUGUCCCAGUCUCCUCAUCUACAGGGCCAGCAGCUCUCCACGUCGCUUAGCAACCAGGUGCGCUCGCCGCAGCCGUCGCCGCGGCCACACUCGCAGCCGCCACACUCCAGCCCCUCGCCCCGCAUGCAGCCUCAGCCCUCCCCGCACCACAUCUCGCCCCAGACCCAGACUGGGUCGCCGCACCCCUCGCACCUGACCCAGCACCACCCAGGGAUGGUGGUCCCGCCACCCCAACAGAACCCUCAGCAGCAGCAGAACCCCAUGGACGGUGGCCCCUUUGGGUCAGAUCAGAACGCCAUGCUGUCGCAGCUGAGCAGCAUGGGGGCACUGCACGGGCCGGGAGGACCGGACAUGCUAUCAGGAAAUAGCCAGGACCUCAACGCCAAUAUGAAUCACAACUCCUUAGACAUCAUGUAGCAUUGAGGUGCUCCCAGAACACGCCUCACAAGGGAGUGAACAGUGUUAGGUUUUUUGGGGGGUUUUGUUUUUUAAAUCAGUACAAAGAUUAUUAUUUAAUGUUUUCAAUAUAAACACAACGAACUGACCUUCCUAUGGGAGAUGUUACAAUAAAUCAAAAUGUCAAAUGAAUGAAUAAAAUAAAUGAAUGGUAAGUUAUUGCUGUUAAUAUAUAUAUAUUUUCUUUUGCCAAUUGUGUACAAAGAGAGGGGAAAUUUUUCUCCCUUAGAGAAAAACACAGGUAAUAUUUUUGGGGUUGGGUGGAGAGGAGUAUUUGCCUUUUUUAGGAGAUAUUUUUAAGAUUUUAAAAAGUGGUGAAAUAUUAAAGAGCAAGUGAUUUAAUGCAA